GAGCACAGGUAGGCAAUGUUAUAACGUUCCCUCUAGCAGGUCUACUCUGUAAAUACGGGUUUGCUGGUGGUUGGCCAUCUAUAUUUUAUGUAUUAGGAAUAUUAAGUUUUGUUUGGUUUGUUCUGUGGAUGUUUUUUGUGAGCGAUACCCCAUCUCAACAUAAGAGAAUAACCAAAGCUGAGAGAAAUUACAUUAAACAUGCCCUGAAAGAUAGCGUUAACUCAGAUGGUGAUAAGAAGUUAGAUGUUCCAUGGAAGGGCAUGGCCCUAUCAAUGCCUGUGAUAGCCAUUUUGGUAGCUAACAUUACCACUGACUGGGGAACAUAUACUUUGUUAACUAGUAUACCAACAUAUAUGAAUGAAGUGUUAAAACUAGACAUAUCUGCUAAUGGUUUGUUUUCUGCGUUACCGUACAUAGUGUUUUGGGCCAUGAUAAAUGUGUCAGGCUGGAUUGCUGAUUUUAUAAUGUCUAAAGGCUGUUGUUCUAUAACCAUCGCAAGAAAGGCUUUUACCAUCACAGGAAUGUUGUUGCCAGCUGCUCUACUGAUAUGUCUAGGUUACGUGGAUUGUACCCAGCCUGGUUUUGCUAUUGCCCUGCUGGUUCUUGGCGUGGCAACAACCGGGUUCCAGUACAGCGGAUGGAUUGUAAACCACAUGGACAUUGCUCCAGCGUUUGCGGGAAUAUUGUUUGGUAUCACAAACUCUAUUGCAGCUGUGACGGGAUUUUUAUCACCAUAUGUUGUUGGCGUGAUAACUGAGACCAAAGAUGCUUCUGCAGAGGACCAGUCUCGGGAACAGUGGCAAAUAGUGUUCUAUAUAGCUGGUGGAUUCUAUAUUUUUGGUUCGGUAUUCUAUGGAAUAUUUGCCUCGGGAGAAAUGCAACCGUGGGCGAGGGACGACGUAAUUGCAGUCGCUGCGGAAGAGCUGUUGCAGGGGACAGAGCUGCAGGUGAAGGUCACAGAUGAUAAAAGAAAUGGAGUAGAAGAAAAACAUCUUUGAUGACGAUAAAGAUAUAGGUAGAAAAAUGAUGUGAUGUCUCAAGUUUGGAGUUGAUAAAUAUCAAAACAUUAAAUAAGAUAUAGCUUUGAAAAAAAUCAAUUAGCAUCUUUAUAUGAUAGGGUAUUAUCUCAAUUCUUACUUAAUAUAUAAAAGAAUAAAAACAGACCUCCGUU